GCCAGACGCGGCUGCUGGAGGAGAAGGGCGGCUGGGUGUCGGAGCGGCCGGAGCGAGGGGUCUGGGGCGCAGGAUUCUCCGUGCUGUUGGACCCGGGCAGGGGAGGGCACAAGGGGCGCAGUUACUUUGGGUACAGCCCGGGAGGCAGCGAGAAGGAGACGCUGAGACUUUGGGGCGCAAACUUGGGAUCUGGGGGUUCAGCCCAGCUGGGAGUUUAGAUAAAGCUUUAGUGGGGUCUGCUGGGAGUUACGGGGCUUUGUAGCAUUCUGGGGGAUAUUGGGGUGCAGCCUAGAUUGGAGCAGGGAGGAGCUAUAGAUUUCGGGGUACGGAUCGGAUUACUGGGGUUAAGGGUUCCAGGCAGCUCAUUAUAGGUCAGGGCUUUGUUAGGGGGCAGUGCUAGGGCCUCAGGGAGCCGACUGGCAGCACCUUCUGGUCCCUCCCGGAUCCCUUACUGAAAAUGCUGUUCUGGCACAGUCAGCCCGAACACUACAACCAGCACCCAGCCGGUAGCUACUUACGUGACGUCCUCGCAUUGCCGAUAUUCAAACACGAAGAGCCCCAACUGUCCCCGGAGAGCAACGCCAAGCUCCCUCCGUUCCAGUAUGUGCUGUGCGCUGCCACCUCGCCGGCCGUCAAACUGCACGAGGAGACCCUGACGUAUCUCAACCAAGGGCAAUCCUACGAAAUCCGCCUCCUCGACAACAGAAAGCUGGGAGAGUACCAGGACCUCAAUACCAAAUAUAUCAAGAGCAUCUUACGGGUCGUGUUCCAUGACCGGCGCCUGCAGUACAUGGAGCAUCAGCAGCUGGAGGGCUGGAGAUGGAGCCGACCUGGGGAUCGGAUCCUGGAUAUAGAUAUCCCUCUGUCAGUUGGAAUAUUGGACCCCAGAGCCAGCCCGACCCAGCUGAACACAGUAGAGUUUCUCUGGGAUCCAAGCAAACGCACAUCUGCCUUUAUUCAGGUGCACUGUAUCAGCACGGAAUUCACGCCUCGGAAGCACGGCGGGGAGAAGGGGGUCCCUUUUCGGAUCCAGAUUGACACGUUCAAGCAGAAUGAGAAUGGCGAAUACACGGAACAUUUGCACUCGGGCAGCUGCCAAGUCAAAGUCUUUAAGCCCAAAGGGGCAGACCGCAAGCAGAAAACCGACCGAGACAAGAUGGAGAAGAGAACUGCGCAAGAGAAGGAGAAGUAUCAGCCGUCCUUUGACACCACCAUACUGAAUGAGUGCUCUCCUUGGCCCGAAUUGCCAUAUCAGGCAAACAGCUCCUCCUCCCCUGGUUACAGCACCUCCCCAAACUCUUUCAGCAUCGGAGAAGGGAACAGUUCCCCCACCUCCCAGGUAGAAACGGCCCCUCUGAGAACUGAUCAGAAAGCCAGCGCCGGGUUUAGCAGUGAAUUUUGGAAUCCAGAGGACAAGAGAAAGCACCUACUCCCAUCGGCCUCCAUGCAAGAUGUGCAGCAGUGGCUACAGAAGAACCGAUUCCCCCAGUACUGCCGGCUCUUCUCCAGCUUCUCCGGUGCAGACUUAUUAAAGAUGUCGAAAGAAGACUUUGUCCAAGUGUGCGGCCCGGCCGAUGGCAUCCGGCUCUACAACGCAGUCAAAGGAAGAAACGUGCGGCCGCGCCUGACUAUUUACGUCUGUCACGAACCAGAACAGAACCGGUCCCUCCUGCAGCACAAGCGAGAGCUGGGGGACAGCACAGUGUGUGUGUACCACGCCAUAUUCCUGGAUGAACUGACGGCGCUGGAGCUGAUUGAGAAGAUCGCCAACCUGUACACCAUCUCCCCCCAGCAAAUCAGCCAGAUCUACAGGCAGGGGCCGACCGGGAUACACGUGGUGGUGAGCACAGAGAUGGUUCAAAACUUCCAGGACGAGUCGUGUUUUGUAAUCAGCACCCUGAAAGCAGAAAGCAGCGGUGGAUAUCACAUUAUCUUGAAAUAAAGGAGCCGUCCUUCUCCAAGUGCAGCAAUGACUCCUGGGAAUCGGUGUUUAAAGGGCAAAUGAACAAAUGUCUCCCUUUGGCCCCUCCCACGUCCCCCCGUUUCCUCGGCAGGAGGGUUCAGGAAGAUGGAGAAGCCCCUUCGGCUCCAAUUUAGGGGGGGUUUUGUGUAAAUAUAUAGAUUAUUCCGGCCCCCUUGUGUAAAUGGAAAUUCUGCAGCCAAUGAAAGAGUGUAAAUAACCAAAUACUAAAAGAUUUCUCAGGAUUAUUUGGCAGUUCCUGCCAGAAAAUGGGCCAAAAUAAUUACUGCCCCCCCAAGCGGCACCAGUGACCUUGCAUUUGGGCAUUUGAUACAGAUUGCAGCCAUAAUGUGUGUGUGUGUGUGUAUAUAUAUAUAUAUUUCUUAUAUUUUUGUAAACACGUGGUGCUAGAGUUAAUGUGGCCCUAGAGACGGUGCAAUAUAAAUGUAGCACUGCAGUCUGUUCCAUUGUACAAAGCUGUGCCGGGGGGCUGCUAACUGGGGGGCUGGGGGUGACAAUUAAGAUGAUGAGUUUGGGGGGGGGGGUAGGUCUGGGAGUUGCGACUGCUGAAUCAGAAAACAAUGAUGUUCACAGACCCUGGCAGCAGGAUAUUGGGUUAAAGGGCAAAUCAGCAGAAUCUAGAUGUUUAUUUUGCAUUCCGGCAGGACACACUGUAAAUCCCAAGGCGGCGGCGCUCAUUGGGGCGCAUACGGUUCAAGGACCGUCGGGCCACAGAAUGUCCCUAAAUAGAUUUACAGCAUUGAAAUGAACUGCCAGAUUGGGAAUGCACGACAUUGGGUUGAGGAUUAGGUUUCUGGAAAAUACAGUUUGGGGGUUUAUUUGGGGGGGGGGGGGGGUUGUCUAUUUGGAAUGGGGAUUUGGCAAUUUGCACUGACGCGGACGCAGUCUCCUUAGAUAGAAACACUGCACAUGUAACUGGGGGUUGGAAUGUGGGGCUUUUCUGUUACAAUAUAACUUAGGGUGCAGGUUUGGGGGUGUCGGUGCACCCAGAGGAGGAACCCCAUGACUUUAUUUUAUAUAAGGAUAGGGGCAUGGGGGGGCAGACAUCCCUCUAAUCCCCAUUUCUAUGGCAGAGACUUUAUUUUUGUAGCAUAUAACAGACUGUGUCCGUCCACUCUUGGCAACUGGGAUUCCCAGAAUCCUUAGCUGCCCGCUGCUGCCUGCAGUUGUAGUCUGUGCUGUAUGGGGGGGGGGGGGUCAUAGAAUGUUCUGCGCCAAAGAUAUCAUUAGAAACUAUUUUUUUUCAUGAAUGUAUCAGAAUGUUGGGUGGGUGCGGGGCUGCUGGGAAGUUUUGGGGGCCUCUGUUAGCUCAGCGGGUCUGAGUCCCCCCAGUUAUGUCCAAUAUACAGUGCCUUCGUCCGUAUGGCAGCUCCUGCCCCGUUGCUUGAGUGAUUUAUAUUGGGGAGAGGAAUGUGGGGGUUGCUAUGUACUAACGCUUUCAGCCAAUGAUUUGCUGCUUCACUGUAACUCACUAAUGCUUUCUGUGAUUUGUCUCCUUUGUAUCUUUCUUUGGGGAGGGGAGGGGUUAUUGUUGUUUUCCUAUUGAUGUAAUUUUGUGAUUUUUUUUUUUUUUUGGGGGGGGGGGGGGGGUUGGGCAUGUGGUGUCCCGUUUCUGAUUGGCCCUGCUGAAGACUUUCUCUAUGCAAAGCGAUAGCUGUGCCGCCGAGCGACCGCGCCGGUUACCGAUUCACUGCCACUUCCUUUUGUACUGGGGGGGGGAAGCACAUUGCACUCGCAACUUGACCUUUUUUUGUAUUUAAAAAGAAUCGGAAACUGGAAUCUGUAAUAAAUGUAAUAAAACCUGUUUAUACAAA